AUGGAAAAGGAUUCGCUCGGUGGCAGCAAAUAUUUGCUGCUGAUCAUCGACGAAGCCAGUGGAUGCAUGAAGGGCUUUUGUCUACGAGUGAAGUCCGAGAGUGAAGACUACAUCCGGAAAUAUAUCACCAUGGUACAGACGCAAUUCUGUAAGAAGGUCAAGUUCGUGCGACACGACGGAGCUCGCGAGUUUGCAACCAACUCGCUUCAACUGUUCUACGAAGACGAAGGAAUUGAACAGCAGACAACGGUGCCGUAUGCACAUCAACAUUUGAAGCAGCACCAAGCUGCCCAAGGACAACGCGCCAUUGGCACAAAAUGGGUGUUCAAGAUCAAGCGCAAGGCGGAUGGGUCAAUCGAGAAGUACAAGGCACGUCUCGCGGCAAAGGGCUUUCGCCAAAAGUAUGGAAUCGACUACACGGAGACGUUUUCGCCCGUGGUCAAGCAUGUGACGCUGCGAAUGGUGAUCGCAAUUUCCAAGCAUUUUGGAUGGCCCAUCGACCAGCUUGAUGUGGUGACAGCAUUCCUGUAUGGAGUAAUGAAGGAGCAAGUGUUUUGCGUGAUUCCUGAAGGCGUCGAACUUGACAGUACGUUCGACUGCCUGGAAUUGGUGAAGGCAAUUUACGGCCUGAAGCAAGCCUCGCGCGUUUGGAACGAGAUUUUCGACGAGUAUGUGUGUUCCAUUGGAUUUCAAGUGUCAGGCUUCGACCCAUGUCUCUACAUCAAGACUUCGGACGGCCAUUGCGUGUUUAUACUGGUCUUUGUGGAUGACGUGUUGGUGACAGGAAGCUCACCCAAGUUGAUUGCACACACCAAGGAAGACCUGAAGACACGCUUCGAGAUGACUGAUAGCGGCAAGUGUGCAUUUGUUCUUGGAAUUGAGCUUUUGGACGGUGAAGAUGGCAGUGUGACACUAUGUCAGCGUCGGUAUGUCGAUGAUAUCCUCAAGCGCUUUGGCAUGGAUGAUUGCAAGGCAGUCGCAAGUCCAGUCGACAUGAGCUCUCGACUCGUUUCAAGCGAUGCAACUACCAAGGUGGAUGCUCCGUUUCGCGAAGCGGUUGGUGCUUUGAUGCACCUGACCACUGCAACGCGUCCGGACAUUGCGUUUGCUGUGGGCUAUGUGUCGCGGUUCAUGGAAAAUCCCCAAGAAGAACACUGGGUUGCAGUUAAGCGUAUCUUUCGCUACCUACAAGGCACCAAGACGCAUGGAAUUUGCUACCAGCCAAGUGCAAGGAUCGACUUCCGUAGAUAUUCGGAUGCGGAUUGGGCUGGUGAUCUUACCGACCGCAAGUCAACAUCGGGGUACACGUUCAUGCUACUCGGUGCGCCAGUGAGUUGGGGCAGCAAGAAGCAGCCAAGUGUUUCGUUGUCCACGACUGAAGCUGAAUACAUUGCACUUAGCUUGGCGAUUCAAGAGGGCAAGUGGAUUCAUCGUCUGCUUUGUGAGAUCGUUAUGGCUGCCAAUGAAGAAGGACCGGAACUCAUGAUUCAUGAAGACAAUCAGUCAUGUAUCAAGAUGACGAAAAACCCGGUCAACCACGGCCGUGCCAAGCACAUUGAUAUCAAGUACCAUCACAUCCGUGAUGAGGUCAAGCGCGGUGAAGUGAAGCUCAAGUACUGUGAAACUGCGGUGAUGUUAGCGGACAUCAUGACGAAGGGACUUCAUGGACCACGCCACAAGGAGAUGACGACGGCUCUCGGGAUUCGUGAGCAUUCGGAUUGA